CAACAUUUUUCCUUUGGUUUGACCAGUUGAACUCAGAAGGUUUGGAACCUAAAGUGAGUAUCAACUCUUAUUGGAAUAGCACUUGGGAAGUUCAGUCUUAGAAAAGGCAAAGUGUAACUGGAGUGGUCUGACAAAGGCUUUCUUGAUCAUGGAUGGUGAAGAUAUACCAGAUUUUUCAAGUUUAAAGGAGGAAACUACUUACUGGAAGGAACUGUCCUUAAAAUAUAAACAAAGCUUCCAGGAAGCUCGGGAUGAGCUAGUUGAAUUUCAGGAAGGAAGCAGAGAAUUAGAAGCAGAGUUGGAGGCACAAUUAGUACAGGCUGAACAAAGAAAUAGAGACUUGCAAGCUGAUAACCAAAGACUGAAAUAUGAAGUGGAAGCAUUAAAGGAGAAACUAGAACAUCAAUAUGCACAGAGCUACAAGCAGGUCUCAGUAUUAGAAGAUGAUUUAAGUCAGACUCGGGCCAUUAAGGAGCAGUUGCAUAAGUAUGUGAGAGAGCUGGAGCAGGCCAAUGACGACCUAGAGCGAGCAAAAAGGGCGACAAUAGUUUCACUGGAAGACUUUGAACAAAGGCUAAAUCAGGCCAUUGAAAGAAAUGCAUUUUUAGAAAGUGAACUUGAUGAAAAGGAAUCUUUGUUGGUCUCUGUUCAGAGGUUAAAGGAUGAAGCAAGAGAUUUAAGACAAGAACUAGCAGUUCGGGAAAGACAACAAGAAGUAACCAGGAAGUCAGCUCCCAGUUCUCCAACUCUAGACUGUGAAAAGAUGGAUUCUGCUGUUCAAGCGUCACUUUCUUUACCAGCUACUCCUGUUGGCAAAGGAACAGAGAACAGUUUUCCUUCACCAAAAGCUAUACCAAACGGUUUUGGUACCAGUCCACUAACGCCUUCAGCUAGGAUAUCAGCACUAAACAUUGUGGGGGAUCUCUUACGGAAAGUAGGGGCUUUAGAAUCCAAAUUAGCAGCUUGUAGGAAUUUUGCAAAGGACCAAGCAUCACGAAAAUCCUAUAUUUCAGGGAAUGUUAACUGUGGGGUGAUGAAUAACAACGGCACAAAGUUCUCUAGAUCAGGGCAUACGUCUUUCUUCGACAAAGGGGCAGUAAACGGCUUUGACCCAGCUCCUCCUCCUCCUGGUCUGGGCUCCUCACGCCCUUCGUCGGCACCGGGUAUGCUGCCUCUCAGUGUGUGAGUGCCCAGCCUCCAGGUGGGGGCUCCUGCCCUCCUCCAACAACCCAGGACACCCAUGCCUCACCCUUCGGUGCCUGGGCCCAGCCUGUGCCCCUCUGUCUGCCUCCCCAGGGCUGGCAGAGAGAGGGCAGGCUGCAUGCAGUGGCGACUGCCGGGCCCUGCCCAGCCCCAGGACUCUGCGCGAUAUCAAUACUGGCUAUUUUUUCUUCUCGCCGUAGUGCCGUUGGUUUCACAUGAUUGCACUUUUGUGGGUCACGAAGUGAUACGUACAUGUAUUACUUGGUCACUGGAUGCAGAAGUACCCAUUCAUCACACCUGCCUCAUAGCCCCCACCCUGCUGUACUGAUAGGAUUUAGUUGUAUUUAGGACAUUGCAAAUCUUCUAGAAGUUCUCUCCCAAAUCAGGUCAACAUGUGCCCUCCUGAGCUCCCACCCAAGCAUCUUUAGUGCUCAUGAUCAUGUGUUUGUCCCCGGCUCCACCCCACACAGUUUGGGUCUGUUGCUGGCAGACAGGAAGGUUACUGAAUUAGGGAACAUUUUCUGUACCUUCUGAUUUUACUUUAGCAGUUAUCAUUCCAUAGACUUGCCUCCCAGAGCAGGAGCCUCUGGGGCCUGGGUACAAACAGGGCUGGGUCUCUAUGCUGUCUUCUCUUCCUCCAUGUGCCUCAGGCUAGGGGUGGAGGUGGUGGCAGCCUCCUUGCCAGCUUUCUGGUCCUUCAGUUACAUGACAGCUUGACAGCUUCUUUGUUUUGUCCAGUUGUGUUAGGAAGGAUUGAGUGGCCUGAUUCCAGGGGCUGGCUGGUGCGAGCUCCUGGGUGGUGGUGGGGGGAGGGGGGCAAACUGACCGUAAGUGGUUGUCCCUGUGCAUCCUUUGAUUACUCUCAUGCUGCAUUUACUGUUUACAUUUGUUUUAUUGUACAUAGGUUUGUAAACAUUAUUGCCUAAGAUAUUUGUAUAUAACUUGGGCUUUGUAGCUUUUAUUUAUUCAGACUCAUACGGCAUGUUAAUGACUAUGAUGGUGUCCUACUCUGGGCAGCUGUAUAGGAUCACCAUGUGGUUUAAAAAAGAGAGAGAGAAAAUACUCCCCCUCCAAAAAAUCUUUUAAUGUGGAAACAAUAAAUUUCACACAAAAAAGUAUUGAGGUUGCUUUAUUGGGUUCCCGCCAUCCUGUGAGAGAAGAGCUGGAGUUACAAAGCCAGGUUCAGAUAUCACUUCUGCCCUGACAGGGCGCGUGUGAGUGGGUAGCAGCUGUGGAGUGGGGCAGACCAUUCAGGCUGCCUGAGACGAACACACUGAGCGGACAUCCUCAUGCUGGUUGUCCUCUUUGCUGCGAUUUCUGGGAGCAGCUUGAGAAUGGCCCAGGCCCUCAAGCACAUCUGGGAGGAAGGACCGGGACUUUGAGGGAGGCAGUUUGCUAGAUCCCAGGAUGACCACAGUACCGGGAGCUGCUCCCUCCAUUGUGCUGCCUUUCAGGAUAUGUGUUGGUGUCCUGGGAUUAGAUGUCACUAGGGUCUAGGCUUUUCUCCUGAUCCCUCAGGUUGAUGUUGGCAAGUGAGAGAAGGUGUCAAAUGUUUGGUAGCAAGACAUAAGGGGACUGGACUUGAGAAGUGGGUAAACGGAAUCUGUAGGAAUGUAUCACAUUCUGAACAUUGCUUGUAACAGCAAAAACAGUAUAGCAUGUAGUUUUGAAACUAAGUAAAUGAAAAGUAAGUGAAUAAAAUUUCUAAGUGAAUAAGAAACUUUAAGUAGAAUACAUUUAAAAAAUUUAUUCUGUUAAUAUGUUUAUAGGAAUAUCUUCUAUUAGUUGUUCCUGAGAUUGUGUUGUAAGCUGACUCACCGAGACAUGUUUGCAGUGGUAUGGGUACUGUGCCCAGCUGUGGUGGCUGAGCAGUUGAAAAGAAAACUUCAAGCCUCUUACUGAUGGGCAUCAACACCCAGCUUCUUUCCCAGUCAUUGGAAGGGUUGGAGUAGAUCAGAGGCUGAAACAUUUAGCAGACCUUUUUGUAUAUGCAGGAACCCAAAUCUAACACAUAACAAGCAGAGCUACUGCGGUUACAGCAAGGAUGAGUUCUGGAGCCCUGACUCCUUGUCCCUGUCUUCCCUGUGAUUUAUCAGUUCCUUUUCAGCUGAAUCUGAAUACCCCUGGAAUCAUCUCAUCCAGAUGGUUCUGUCAAUUGUUCAGUUCGAUGAUGGAAGGGGGAGGGGCCCUGGAUGCAGAGGCCCAUGUGUCAGCCACCGGACAGCACUACUGCUUUGGGUCCAGGAGAGCAAGGGCCAGGUCCAUGGAAGGGCAGGCAUGCUGCUGGGCUUUUCUAGUCCUUUCAGAAGGAGACCCCCACAUAUUUUUGUGUUUUUAUAGCUACUGCUGCCCUUGGCAUAUGACCCUGUAAGGAAGCUAGUUGACUUCUCAGGCCUCAUUUUCAGCUGUUUAGAUUAUUUAGUUCAAAAUGCUCAGAGCAUGUGCUACCUGGCAUGAAAGCUACUACAUACUAUUUCCCAUCUAGGUAAAGAUUGCCUACCAGCCACCUGCUCCUGAGUGGGUUCUCCUCCCGGUGCCGCCCAAUGCCCAGAGUUGCCUGGCUCUCACUGAAACUUUUCAGAAAUGAUCCCUCCCCUGAGCUGGGUCCGCAUGGUGGUCUCCCUGCUUGGAGGGGGGGUGAGUCUUCCAGUGGUGAGUCCUCGUUUCCAGAUAUUUUCAUCUCACCACCCGGUGCCAUCCCUCGAUCCUGAAAUGCAUGAGGGUGAGGAGCCAGUGCUCCACUUCUUUCAGCCCAGAGUGGCAGAAACUGUACCCGACCAACCCAGCCAGGGUCUAGAAGCCAAAGAUGGGAUGCUGAAUCACAAGUGAGGCGUAUGAGAAUUAGAGGUAGGUGACCUGAGAGGAGGAUGAGCUGGUUGACCUCAGUUUAUAGAAGGGAAGGUGGGCCCAGAGUUUGAGUGGCCUGAACUUACACAGCUAGUCCAUAGCAAAGCCAGGAUGGAAGUGAGCUCAGUAUCUUUUUCUGUUAUACUCUCCACCUUCCCAUCACCUCAGGAAAUGAGCUAGCUGGUUGUGAACUUGGAAAUGAGCUUUGGGGCUGGUACAGCCUUUGCAGCAGGAGGAGUAUGGCUCACCCACCCCUCCUCUUCCAGUCCUGUGCUUGUCAAGUAUUGACAGUGCCGCUCUCAGAAGCUGUCCCAGAAGUGCCUUUGGCAUCUUCUGAGAGCCAAGGUGGAAGCCGGUACCCCCUGGGGGAGGGGGAGGUGUCCUGGGGUGGUGCCACAGCUUUAGGGAGCAUCUUAUAGAUCUGUCCCUGCCUGGCUAAUACUGAGGACAGCCAGUCUGGCUACUGGUGGGAAUAAGGCUAGAAAGGGGGAUGGGUCCAAGCAGUCAGUUGUUUUCUCCCUUGCCUAGAACAGCGGUUCCCAACCUUCCUAAUGCCGGGACCCUUUAAUACAGUUCCUCGUGUGGUGACCCCCAACCAUAACAUUAUU